ACCAUCGACGCGCUCGCCAACGAAACGUCAAGUUUUACUAACUUCCACCUUACAGGUUUACGAUUAAAAAAGCAUGAGCAGUAGCAAGCUUUCAGUGUCAAGUGUGCGGGGCUCCGUUAAAGACCUCCUCGCCGAAGCCAAUGGCGAAAAAAAGAGGAACUUCGUGGAGACUAUCGAGCUCCAGAUUGGCCUCAAGAACUACGACCCCCAGAGAGACAAGCGUUUCUCGGGAACCGUCAAUAGACUCCCCAACGUUCCCCGUCCUCGCAUGUCCAUUUGCAUUCUCGCAGAUGCUGCCGAUAUCGAUCGUGCUAAGCAAAUCGACCUAGAGUACAUGUCCGUGGACGAUUUGAAAAAGCUUAACAAAAACAAGAAGCUCGUUAAAAAACUUGCCAAGAAGUACGAUGCUUUCUUGGCUUCCGAAGCCUUGAUUAAGCAGAUCCCUCGUCUCCUCGGGCCAGGUCUUUCCAAAGCCGGAAAGUUCCCUACCCCCGUUUCUCACGCUGAGGACUUGAGUAACAAGAUUACUGAGGUCCGUUCGACGAUCAAGUUCCAGCUUAAGAAGGUUCUCUGCUUGGGCGUUGCCGUCGGUCAUGUCCAAAUGACUGAUGACCAAGUCCUUGGAAACGUGAUGCUGAGUAUCAACUUCCUCGUUUCGUUGCUCAAGAAGAACUGGCAGAACGUGAAGUCCUUGCACAUCAAGUCCACUAUGGGCAAACCUGUUCGUCUCUAUUAAGCGUAUGAUUCUCGUGAAAAGGGUGAAAGGGAUGUGUGGGAUAGGAGAAAGAUGAGAUUGGGGGGUAAGAGAGAUCGUUACCGUAAUGCACAACAUGAAGCCCCGCACGCUUGGACCAACGGCUUUAAGGUGGGAAGCCGAUUGGGAGCUGAUACGGUUUUCGUCCUCUUCCUUCUCAACUACUUUCUCUAUCGGGUGCACAUUCUACUCUGCUUUUGUGCUUGGUGAUAUCUGUGACUAUGCUGUGUUUGCACGAUAUGGAAAUAGGACAUGUUCAUAUGAUUGAGUGGUAGACUCCAUGCGGUGAUCAAUGAUUCGGAAUGAGAAGUUCAUAUGCAUACAUGCUGUCAAUGUCGGU